AUGUUCAUUAAGACCUGUGUUGUGAGCUUAUCGGCCCUCGCCGGAGCUGUCUCACGUGUCGUAUGUAUGUCCCCUGCCCGGUUCCAGCGCUGCACGAGCUACACUCCGCCAUUAUUGUAUCCACCCGCUCGGCGACUUGGCGAUGAACAUCAAGUCUUCACCAAGCCGAUGCUUGGUACGAUGUUGCGAGUAGUAGCUCAGCGUUACAAUAGUGAACGUAUUAAAGUAUUCUAA